AUGCUCUCCCGCCUACUGACCCGCUCUAGUCUCAUUGCAUCUCGCACUGUCCGCCAGUCCAGCUUCGCCGUGCGUUUGGCAAAGCAACCAAGACUGAACACUGUUGUUGCCAGAUCUUUCCAUGUCUCUGCCGUUCCCUUCAACAAACAGUGUCAAAAGAUAAGUCAAGUUCUGGAAGGUGAAAUUGCCUUGGAACUCGAAGAGGACGCCCACGCUCUACCAGAAUCGUUGCAGACCUUUUUCGACAAGACUGGAUUUUCAGCUGUCACUUCGGAGGGUAAAAACAUGUCCGAAAUCGUCCGUAAGGCCCCAAGCGGUGAAUCGGUUCAUGUGUUCUUCGAUAUUGCUCAAGUAGCAAAUUUACCUCUAGAAAGCUCCGGUUUGGACAAUGAAAUGGCUGCCCAAUCCGAGGAAGAGGAUUUUGACGGAGUUUCGGACAAUUUUGCCAACGUCAACGUCGUCGUCGUGAAAGACGCUGACAAUUCCGCUGCAUCUUUCGAGCUGCUCAUGAAUCUACAAGAGGGUACUUUCUUUGUCGACAGCGUCACUCCCUACGCCAACGCCAAUGCUGCGUUGGACGAGUCUGCAGACGCUGAGGUUAAGCGUGAACUUGUGUACCAUGGUCCUCCCUUCUCGAACCUCGACGAGGAACUGCAAGAAUCUCUUGAAGUUUACUUGGAAAGUAGAGGUAUCAACGAGGAGUUGGCUUCUUUCAUCGGCACAUAUUCGGAGUUCAAGGAAAACAAAGAGUAUAUUAGCUGGUUGAAAAACAUGAAGUCGUUCUUCAACUAA